UGUAUUUAAAUCAUCGAGCGCAUACCCUAAUUCCUUUAUUAUAUUUAAACUGCAAAGAGUAACUGCUUCACCGCACUUUGUCUUUCAAUCCCAACAAUCACAAUCUAGGGUUUUAAAAUUUCCCUCAAAACCCUAAUGGCAGAAGAAACCGCUCCACAAGUCGUUGACACUGCCACUGCCGUCGUCGAUACCAACAACACCGACGCCCCCGCCGCCGAUACAACCAACACUGUUGCCGCUACUGUGGACAUGGAGGUUGAAAACCCUGCUGAUUCCAAGGAUAAACGACCGAGGGAAGAAGAGGAACCCAAAGAAGAUGAUAUCGUGUCGAAGAAGGCUAAAGUGGACGAAGAAAAGUCAGUAGAAGAACAAAGGUUGGAGAAGUUAGAGAAAAAAGAAGACGAGGAAGUAAAGGAAGUAUCUGUAGCUGUGAAAUUGGGACCCAAGACCUUUGGUUCUUCCCUGGAAAUGUUUCAUUACUUCCACAAAUUUCUUAAUGCUUGGCCUCAUAAUCUUAAUGUUAACAAGUAUGAGCACACAAUGUUGCUGGAAUUGCUCAAGAAUGGGCAUGCAGAAUCUGAAAAAAAGAUUGGUGCAGGGGUUUGUGCUUUCCAAGUUCGCGAACACCCUCGCUAUAAUAGUAGGUGCUAUUUCCUCAUCAGGGAAGAUGACACUGCUGAUGAUUUCAGCUUCCGUAAGUGCGUGGAUCACAUAAGUCCCUUGCCAGAAGGGAUGCAAUUGAAAUCCGAGGGUAACAAGAGGUCUGGUGGUGGUGGAGGAAAUGGUGGCAGAGGAAGGGGUGGAAGAGGAGGUGGUCGUGGUGGUCGUGGAAGAGGAGGAAGGGGGAGAUAUUGAUUACGAUAGUUACCUGUGGUCAGUAUUUUAUUUUGAUAUCUAAAGUAUGUUUAUGUACACUUGGCUGGUGUAUUUCUUGUUUUUUGCUAAUUACUUGAUAAUUAUGAUUUUGGUAUUAUGGUUAUUUAUAUAUUUUGAGAAAAUUCUGAUCUA